AUGUCAAGGUUGUUUUUUCUGAGAGUCUUCGGUUGGCUAUCCGGGGACCGGCUUCGCGAGACCAUUUCGAUCCACACUGGAGAAGUCCUCUCUCGGGCUAGGCUCUAUUGGGCGGAGGUGAUCCUUUCUUUACUAGAGGAGCUGGAAAGGAAGAGGCACCAAUUUAGGUGCUUGCUUCCCCUGCACCUAGAGGAUCUAACACUGAUGCUCCUGCCUUUCUUUGCUUCUAAUGAUAGAAAGGAGGGGAGGGAAGGAUGCGCGCCAGACAGAGGGAAAGCCCGUAGCUUCACGGGGCUGUUCUUUACUCAACAUACGCAACUAAGUCUACUAAAUAGACUCCUGCCUUUUCCUCUACCAGAUUUUCGGUUCUGUUCCGUCAGGUUAACAACCGGCUAUGGAGCUUGUUAUAUUCCUGCCCCUGAUCCCUCUGCUGAGUCUGCUGCGGGCGUCCCCUCCGAGGGUCUAUCUGCUACUUAG